AACAUAAACGAAGACAUUAUCGCAUUAUAGCGAGUUUGCACUUUGAAUGAUCAAAGUGCGUUUACAAAGAGUGACCGUGAAUUUUAUUCAAAUUUUUUCUAUAAAGAAAAUGGAUAAGUUUUUCUUCCUGAUAUUUUCGUUAAUUUUAACAACAAUUAAUGCAAAUUUAGCGAAAGUGUAUAAUUUUCAACCAGAGCAAGUUCAUAUUGCAUUCGGAGAAAAUGUUCGUGAAAUUGUUGUUAUGUGGUCUACAAUGGACGAAACAAGCGAUUCUAUAGUGAAAUACUCCUUAAACGGUGAACAAUUCAAGGCAGUUGGUGACGCACAUCUUUUCGUUGAUGGGGGCAAAAAACGACAUCAACAAUAUAUUCAUAAGGUCAAAUUGGCGAACUUGAAACCAGAUUCGCAUUAUGUGUACAAUUGUGGUAGUGAAUUAGGCUGGUCCGAUCAAUUUUGGUUUGAAACACCUCCAGCAGAUGAAAAUAAUUGGGCACCACAUUUGGCUAUUUUCGGCGAUAUGGGCAAUGAAAAUGCUCAAUCUCUGGCUCGUCUUCAGUUGGAAUCGCAACAGCAUAUGUAUGAUGCAAUUUUUCAUGUUGGAGACUUUGCCUACGAUAUGGAUUCGGAAAAUGCACGCGUCGGCGAUCAAUAUAUGAGACAAAUCGAAUCACUUGCUGCUUACGUUCCAUAUAUGGUAUGCGUUGGAAAUCACGAAGAGAAAUACAAUUUCUCAAACUAUCGUAAUCGCUUCGAAAUGCCGGGAAAAACAGAGAGCUUGUUUUACAGUUUUAAUAUGGGGCCAGUUCAUUUUAUUGCAAUUUCGACGGAGUUAUACUACUUUUUGAAUUAUGGCAUCAAGGCAUUAGCAAAUCAGUAUGACUGGCUGGUGAAUGAUCUUCGUGAAGCAAAUAAGCCGGAAAAUCGUAAAUUACGCCCGUGGAUCGUUACUUUUGGACAUCGUCCAAUGUAUUGCAGUAAUGAUGAUGACAGAGGUUCAUGUCGCGGAGAGACCACACUUGUACGAAAGGGGUUGCCAAUCACGCAUUUAUAUGGAUUGGAAGAUCUGUUCCAAGAUAACGGUGUAGAUGUUUCCGUUUGGGCACAUCAACAUUCAUAUGAACGACUGUGGCCAAUUUAUAAUUUUGAAGUUAAAAAUGGCUCAUUCGAAGAACCAUAUAAAAAUGCAAAAGCACCGGUGCAUAUAAUUACAGGGUCAGCGGGAUGCAAGGAGGAACAUGCUAAAUUCGUUAAAGACCCACCAAAAUGGAGCGCUUUUCGUUCGCAGGAUUAUGGAUAUACUCGAAUGAAAGCAUUCAACAAGACACACUUGUACUUUGAACAAGUUUCUGAUGAUAAAAACGGUCAGAUCAUCGACUCAUUUUGGGUUGUAAAAGAUCAAAUAAUGCCCAGUUAUGCAAAUUUAAAUGCCAUUUACUAAAACAACACUUGAAAAUUUUAAUCGAAACGAAUUGACUGUUUUUUUUUAAAACUAUUAUAGCUUAUUUAAAGCUAUGGACAUUCAACGUUGCCUCUUUGUAAUAAAGUACACAUUUUUUUGAGAAAAU